ACAGACAGCCUUGAAAAUUCUUCUUUCCUUCCCACUGUACAGUCUAUAAUCGAUUAUGAUUGUCAAAAAUUUGUUUUUAUUUUAAAUUUCUUCAAAAAAACUUAUUUUAGUGCCUAAUUUUUAACUCAGUAAAUAAAUCGUAAAGCAGAUGGACGUACUGAAUAAAUUUUGCUCUACUGUGUCAAGUACAGUUUCACAACUGUCUAAUGCUCUGCCUGGUAAUCCAGUUACCAGAGAGUAUGAAGCAACCAAUCAUAUUGCCAGUGCUGGAACAGGACUUUUGUGGAAGGUGUACAGCGGCUACAAGAAGUCCACUCGUCAAGAAGCGGCCAUUUUUGUGUUUGAAAAACGCCAAGUGGAACGAUGGUCGAAGCCUGACCGAGACCUUCUGCUGGAUACUCUGAGGAGAGGUGUAGCUCAGCUGACUCGACUGCGGCAUCCCAGGGUUCUCACCGUUCAUCACCAGCUAGAGGAAUCUAGGGAUAGUUUAGCGUUUGCAACUGAACCAGUAUUUGCUAGUCUCGCCAAUGUUCUUGGAAAAACUGAAAAUAUGCCUUCGCCCGUCAAUCCACAAAUCAAGAAUUAUAAAUUAUUUGAAGUUGAAAUAAAAUAUGGUCUUUUACAGCUAGGAGAAGGUCUGGCGUUUCUACACAAUGAUGCCAAAAUUCUACAUCACAAUAUCUGUCCUGAAAGUAUAGUCAUCAACCAGCAAGGAGCUUGGAAAAUAUUUGGAUUCGACUUUUGUGUCUUGAAUACUAGUCCCGCCGAUAGAACGCCUAGCUACCCGUCGGUGGAGUACCGCGAGGACCUUCACUGGGAGGCGCAGCCGGCGCUGGACUACUUGGCGCCCGAGUGUGGGCUAGCGGCGCAUGCGCAGACGGCUCUCAGCGACAUGUACUCGCUUGGCGCACUCAUCUGCGCACUGCACAAUAACGGGCGGCCGCUGCUCGUCUCCAACAACGACUUCUACACAUACAAGAAGAAUGUCAUGGAUUUGAAGUCAUUGUCAAAAGCAAAGCUACAAUGCGUAGUGGAGGGGUUACGAGAUCUUACCUUGAUGAUGUUGAAUUUCACACCCGAAUUACGCCCUGAUGAACAUGAAUUCAUAAAGACCGAAUUCUUUGAAGACGUUGGUGUGAAAACGCUGAAUUACCUGGACUCUCUGUUCCAAUGGGAUAAUCUGCAAAAGUCCCAGUUCUAUAAGGGACUUCCACAGAUCAUUGAUAAACUGCCUCAACGUGUGUGCCUGUACAGAGUGAUUCCAUGUCUUGUAAAGGAAUUCAUCAAUCCGACCAUGGUUCCAUUUGUUCUCCCAAAUGUGCUGUCGAUAGCCGAGAAUUGUACCAAAGAUGAAUUCACUCAGCACAUUCUCCCUCACUUGAAACCGAUCAUGAAGCUUCAGGAACCUAUUCAGGUAUUGCUGAUAUUCAUGCAAAAGAUGGAUUUCCUGUUGAAACUGACGCCAUGCGAGGAUGCAAAGACGGAUGUCCUGCCGAUGUUCUACCGAGCUCUGGAGUCGGAUGCCCAGCAAAUCCAAGAGUUGUGCCUCACUGUGCUGCCCAACUUCGCCACGCUCAUCGAGUACCCCGCCAUGAAGAAUGCACUCCUUCCCCGCAUCAAGCGACUCUGCAUUUCCACUUCUUACAUAUCGGUCCGAGUAAACUGCCUGGUGUGCAUAGGCAAAUUACUGGAGCACCUUGACAAGUGGUUGGUGCUGGAUGAAAUCCUACCAUUUCUGCCUCAAAUUCCAUCCAGGGAGCCGGCUGUUCUCAUGGGUAUUUUGGGCAUCUACAAACUUGUUCUGACGCAUAAAAAGUUUACAAUUUCAAAAGAGGUGAUGGCCACCAAGAUUCUGCCUUUCCUGAUGCCUUUGAGCAUUGAGAAUGCGCUCACUCUGAACCAAUUCAAUGCGCUGAUAGCUGUCAUCAAGGAAAUGGUGAAUCGAGUCGAGAAUGAGCACAGAGUCAAGCUUGAGCAGCUCAACUCCAUCCAGAAUGAACAGUCGAGUAUGGAGAUUGGCGGUCAACCACAGCCUGCCUCCACCACUUCAGCGGUGUCAGCCAGCAUCAAGUCAGACCUUGAUGAGAUGCUGAAUCUCAGCUCGAUACCCAGCACAGCUCCUGCUAUUAGUAAACCAGUGGUGGCUCCUAUGAACACAAUAGUCAACAAUCACACCAGCAGCAAUGGAAAUGGAAUCGGUUUUGGGACGGUCGACUCCCUCACUAUAAAGGAUAAACAAAGACUGAUCCAGGAGCAAGACGCAGUGCGUAGACUGAACAAGGAGCCAUCCCUGAAUCCUAUGCCAGCCGCUUCCAAAUCCCACACCCCGGCACCCAAGGAUCUCACAGCAUCCCUCAUGGAAAACAACCUCUCCCAAAUGUCACUAUCCAAGAACGCACCUUCACAAAUACAGUGGCAAACUGCGCCUCAAGGUAUCACAACACCACAGUCGCAGUGGCCAGCUGUGAUUGGAUCACAACCUGUGAUUGGAUCACAACCUGUGAUUGGAUCACAGCCUGUGAUUGGUCAGCCUGUGUUACCAACCAAUCAACCAAUGUGGCCUCAGAAUCAGCCCGCCCUACAAUGGAACCAGAAUGGAUUGAGUUCGACCCAAACAUGGCAGCAAACAAACAAUGGAACCAAUUUAUGGAGCAACCCCAGUAACUUGCAGAGUAUGACUAGUAAAAUGUCGAUGCCGCCCUCACUCAUUCCCGCAAUGUCGCAACCCAAUGCAUUCCAAUCGGCCGCUGCUAAGCAGCUAUCCGCUUCUGAAAUAAAUGACUUGCUUAGCUAAAAUUUGAAGGUCGUUGUAGAUCAACGCAUGUAGACAAAUAUUUUAUUUAUCUUGAGUAGCCUAUUUAUAUUGUUUAUUUCAACUUCGAGUAAGUUGGCUGGUCAUUUUUGUGGCCCGGAACAUAUAGUAAAAUAUUGAUGGUCCUCGAGGUUUAUAGAAGAGGAUUCUUUUAAAUUGUUGGAUUGUAAUUUUUGUGGCCCGGAAUAUAUAGUAAAUAUCCACCAUGCUUCCCUUUCAUGGUAAUUUGGAACUGCCCUCAAGGGUCUUCCCACCAAUAAAUGCUUGUUCCUCAUGUAUUACAUACUUCGGAGCCAAGUCAAAAUUCGCUGUUCAUCAUUCAAAAAAUUAGCAAGUCUUUUAAUCGUAUCGUACUUUGAUUUUAUUCAACUGGACAAAUCGAAAUUUGUGUCUACCCCUCAAGGGUCUUCCCACCAAUAAAUGCUUGUUCCUCAUGUAUUACAUACUUCGGAACCAAGUCAACAUUCGCUGUUCAUCAUUUAAAAAAUUAGCAAGUCUUUUAAUAGUAUCGGACUUUGAUUUUAUUCAACUAGACAAAUCGAAAUUUGUGUCUAAAAAAAGAAGCGAUGUCUGGAAUUUGAAUGAGAAGAGAGUAAACAUUGUCUUUUUUCUUCAGCGCUACUUUUGAAUAUAUAUAUAAAAAUAGAAAAAUCCAAGUACCCUUUUCAAAAUUAUUUAAUCACAAAAUUUAUAUUUUUAUGUAUAGAGAGUAAACAUGUAUUGUAAAAUUUAAAAUAGUUGAUCGAUGGCCAUGCAAAUAAUUUGCAUUAAUAAUAUUUGGAGUGAAACUAAUUAAAAAAAUUGAAAGUUACAUAUAACCUAGCUACAUUUGGACAGUUGUAUAGAAUGGAAUUGGAACCGUUUGGGGCUUUAGCCUGUGCUACUUUUCUAGAAUUUGUGUAAUUCUGAAUUAUUGAAUAUAAAAAUAAACACAUACUAUACUGCUUAGUUUUACGAGUAUCAAAUUGGUUAUAACUUGUUACAAAAUUCAAUUACAAAUAAUUGUAAGAAUGUAACCUUGAAAUCAAUUUUGUCUAAAUUUCUAUGGGAAAUUGCUAAAUUUAUUAAAUUUGCAAUAAAUUUGUUACAUUACGAAAAAUUUGCAAUAAAUUUACAGAUGGAAAAGUGCUGGUAUUUGUGUCAGGUAAAUGCAAUACU